GAGACGCGAACUGUGUUGUAUCGGGCGUUAGUCAGAACAUGUUAGAAGGGGUGAGCCCGAGUAUUCAACAGCUUAUCAGGAAGGCUGCGGAUAAGUAUCCCCUCGACAUGAAAUUUUGGCGGAAGUAUAAGUCGGUGCCCGCGAUGGCUAACGUCCGAGACAAAACGUCGAUUCUCGAAAUACUGGAAAACUUUGCAAAAAUCCAUCGGAAACACAUAUACCUGUUCCAGCGACUGAAGCAUACGAUAGUGAUGGAUAUGGAUAGCUGGACCGCUCCUGAACUAGCAAAGUAG